AGACGCCCUCCUUCUUGGGAACCCCCUUCUGGCCCUCCAACUACAACCACCACCGCCAGGCACCUCAUCGUCGCCGUCGCCCCUCUUCUUUUUUUGGCUUCACCUUGUUGUAUUCUAUUAAUUUCUCCGCUUCCUCUUGGAUACCACACGCCCCCUUCAGCCGCGACAAUGAUGCUGCCACCGACACGCAGCCCGCUGUUCGCCCUCGCCGUGUCAGCCGGAUGUGUCUUACUCUUCACCUUUGGCUUCCUGGCCUGGCAGAGCCCGCCGCGCAUGAGUUUCCAGGCCGGCCAUGAACACGACAGUCUCGCGAGUGCUGCUGCCGACAGCUCCAAAACACCCGCCGUCACCGACAUCAUCCCGCUCCUCUUCAAGUCCUUGAUCAUCAAUCCCGCUGAGCCCUCCUUCACCUACAUCGAUGAUGGCGAAGCCCACAAUCUCACCAAGUUGACUCUCCCCCCGAAACCGCGCUACAAGAAACCAAUGGGCAAAAACAUCCUGAUUCUCGACCUCGAGACCCGCCCCCUGCCCUCCUCCAAAGACUUUGAAAAGGGCGAGUUCCACUGGAAGAAGCUCAAUCACGUCUCGGGCGGAGUCUUCAACCACUACGCCUACGCCCUCACCCACGGCUACGACUACAAGUUUGUCAAGGCCGCCGAGUUCGAGGACCGCCACGCCACCUGGAUCAAACCCUCGGCCUUUGCCAAUCACAUCAACGACUACAAAUUCAUCGUCUUCCUUGAUGCCGACGCCACCUUCCGCUUCAUGCACCUACCCGUCGAGUGGCUCCUCAACUACUGGGAGAUCAAGCCCCAGCACAGCAUCACCAUGGCCCUCGACCCCUGGGACCCCAAGACCCCUCAAUUCAACUCGGAUCGCUUCAACCGCACAUACACCAACACGGGCUUCGUUGUCGUCCAAAACAACGCAAACACCCAGGGCAUUCUCAAGGCUUGGCAUGAAUGCCCCGAUGAUGUGCGAUAUCAGGGUUGUUCCGAGUGGAAGGGCCCCAAAUUCCACGAGCAGUCCGCUUUUGGCGAGUACAUCCGCUACGACUACGAGGACGCCAUCAAGGAAUUGCAAUGCGCCGAAGCCAACGGCUACCCUGGAGUGAAGCAGUCGCAAUGCGAAGGCCGCUUCAUCCGCCACUACUGGUUCGACAAGUUCCGCGUCAAGAAUGACUUCAGCGACAACAUCAUGAACGCCAUCACCCUACCACUCCAACGCAUCUUCACCGAUAUGACGCCAGGCGUUGUCGAGGAGCAGAAGGAGAACGUGAUCCACUGA